AUGUUCGGCGUUUUGUCCUUUGUGUACUUGUGUUUGUGCUUCUCCAAAGGCGUGCCGUUUGUCCUGUUGUCUCCUUCUUCAACUUACUCUCUCGAUGUUGGCGGUGCUGGUCCUAUUGUCGCAACCUGUCGCUGGAUGCUUUCAAAAUUGAAAGCCCACCCAAUUGUGUGUGCGUGUGUGUAUGUGUAUGUGUAUGUGUGUGCGUGUGUGUAUGUGUGCGUAUGUGUGCGUGUGCGUACGCGCAUGUUUCUUUCUUUUCUUUUUCUCGUGCUUGUGCGUGAGGCGCUUGUGACACAGACAUCAUGUCGAUGUGUCUGA